UGUAUUGAUUUAUGUUCAUUAGAGGAGUGGCUUUGUGCUUGUGGAGGAAGCAGGGCUGCAGUAGGUAGAGCUGAGUGGUGUUGUGUUGCAGGCCGGCGGUAUGGUGGCGGCUGCCGUGGCGGUGGUGAUGUGCUGCGUGUGCGGCCGGGCGUUCCGGGGCCGCAACCGCCACCAGAACUUGAGCACGCACAUUCGCAUCCACACGGGCGAGACCCCCUUUCCCUGCCCGCACUGCCCGUACCGCGCCAAGCGCAAGGCGCAUCUGCAGAUGCACCUCGAGCGCAUCCAUUCCCCCCGGGCGGCGGCCUCCUCCUGGCGCGACGGCCCCCCCUCGGCCCGCCCCCCGCAGCCGCCCGGGCCGCCCUCGCUGCCGCCGCCGCCGCGCGCCGCCACGCCCCCCCUGCAGCCCGGCCUCCCCCCGGCGCCCCGGCUCGCGCACUCGGCCUCGCCGCAGCAGCCCUGAGCCAAGCAGCCUGCGCCCUUGCAAAGAGCGUCUUUGAGAGCAUUGCAGUGACUAGCCCUAGAAGAGUAUAAUGUUAAGAGCCAUGUUUGUAGCUGACAAGUAGUCUUACAAGGGACUCACCUAGUAUUGGCUUACAUCCUAAAAUUCCUUUUUGAAUCAUCCUUUUAAGUAUGCAAAGUAUUUUGUUGAUCUCUAGCCUUGGAUUUAAUGAUGUUAAGCAAGUGUGCAGUGUAGGAGGGUGACCGAGGCAGGUGAUGCCCGGCGCGUGCC